AUGUGGUGUGAAGUUACUGGGGUGGUGGAUGAAAGCGUUGAACUGCUCUCUGGAGGUCAGCGAGGAACCCCGACGCUUGGAACAAUAUUCCAGUUGUUCGAAGCAGCAGAAGUUAACCCGUGGGAAAACUCACAAGUCAAUGAUUAUCUUUAUUGCAAUGGCAAUAACGAAAACUUUGUUAUCGAUUACGACUACGGCACCGAGGUGCCUGCAGGAAGUCGAAGAAGAAAGCCCAAUGGAUACACUAACAUGCAAGAUGCCUUGAAAUCUUUUGACCGAAAGUGGCGAGACGGCAAAGGAGGUCGAACUUCCGGACACGGUGACGACGUGGGUGGGCGAAGCCGUCUGCCUCCAUCCGGAGUUGGGCAUCGGACUAAGCCCCAAGUCCUCCAUCACCUCCUUCGUGCCCUUCUUCCUAGACCUCAGUCACCCAGCCACCGCCCGCAGGAACGAGGUCCCGUCCUGGUCUCCGUCUUCAAUUACCUGACCGAAAGUCUGCCUGUGACCGUUGAGUUGCUGCCAAGCGCCGAAUACACGUCCCCGACAUAUUCGACGAAGACCUGCGUCUCCGGCAGCGGGAAGGAAGUGGUGCAGUUCCUGGUGGUGCCUCUGGAGGCCGGGGACGUCAACCUCACCUUCAGUGCCUCCAUAGACACUGCCGACGGAAGUUGCGGCGGGACAGUUGACGUCGAAAGGAGCGACACCGUCAUUCGCCCUUUGAAAGUGAAAUUCGAAGGAAUAACUAAAGCAUCGACACAUGGACAUUACUUAUGUGGCAAUGACAGCGCCUUUACGUGGUCCGCCGAGAGUUAUCCUGGGACUGUCAACGGCUCAGAUAAAAUUUACAUCUCUGCUUCCGCUGACCUCCUAGGACCGACCCUUGAGAACCUGGGAAACCUGAUCCGAAUGCCUUAUGGCUGUGGUGAACAAAAUAUGCUGAACUUUGCCCCAAACAUAUACGUGAUGCAAUACCUGGCAUCGUCAGGUCAGCUCACUCCCACCGUCGAGGAUCAGCUUCUGAACUAUAUGAAAAUAGGCUACCAGCAAGAGCUGCGCUACCAGCACUAUGACGGAUCCUUCAGUGCCUUUGGUAAUUCCGACGCUUCAGGAUCCACUUGGCUCACAGCAUUCGUGCUGAAGUCCUUCAGUCAGGCUGAUAGUUACAUCACUAUGGACGAGAAUCUCCUCAUCUCAUCCAAAAAUUGGCUGCUGUCCCUCCAAAGCGAAAACGGCUGCUUCCAGUCCGUCGGUUUUGUGCAUAACACCGACAUGCAGGGAGGCGUCGAUGGUUCAGAAGCGUCUCUCACAGCCUACGUCCUCAUAUCUCUUCUGGAAGGGAAUCUAACGCAGGACGUCCAGGUCAUAGCAAACGCCGUCGCUUGCAUCACCACAGCCACCACAAGUAGUAGCACAUACAUCAAGGCCCUGACGGCAUACGCUCUCUCCUUGGCGGGCGACAGCAGCGCCGCUGCUACGCUCAUUUCAGAUGUGUACAACAGUUUGACAUCAGGAAUUCCAGGUCUGUCUCAGGCUCUGACGGUUGAAGCUGCCGCCUACCUCCUUCUGGCCAUGCUGAAUGAAAGUCCAGGAUCAUACGCUGCCUGGGCACUUGAUAUUACUAAACUUAUAUCAACUUAUCACAAUGGACAAGGAGGAUUCGUAUCGACACAGGACACAGUGGUUGCUCUGCAGUCCUUCGCAGCCUUCAGCGAAGCCUUCCCGCCCACAGGAACAGACCUCGCCAUAUCAGUCACUGCUGGAAGUCAGUCGUUUGAUAUCGUCAUAAAUUCAGAGAACGGUCUUGUCCUGCAGACCAGCUACAUCACAGGCGAUCCACCACUUGACGUCACAGUGACUGCGUCUGGGAGUGGAUGCGCUCUUGUCACGGUUACCCACAAAUACAACGUCUAUGAAGAGCCAGAGAGCUCUGCUUUUGCAAUGUCUGUCAAGACAGACCGAGAAAGGUGCUCCUCUAUCAGUUCCCUGGAAAUUUGUGCUUCCUACGUCAAGGAGGACUCCGUAUCCAACAUGGCUGUGAUGGAGGUCGACCUCCAAACAGGAUACUCGGCAGAUGAGGACGACUUGAGAGGUCUCGUCGCUCAACAAGUCAUCAAGCGUUAUGAGGAGACAGAUGGUGUUGUCUUCUUGUACCUGGAAUCGGUCGGUGGCUCCGAAAUUUGUGUCUCCUUCCGAAUCCGGAGGGACCAUGAAGUCGAAGAUAUAGCGCCUGGCACCGUCACCCUCUACGAUUAUUACACUCCUGAAUUCAGGCUGACUCAGUCAUUCGAAAUUGAAGACCCUGUGAUUCAGGGUGAGGAAUGUCCAUCCACCACUGUAACAAUAGUGAUAGAUGACUUCACGACCGUCUGAGCAAUGUGUUAAAAAAAAGUGUCAUUGGUAUGAGUCUGAAUAUUAUUCUAGACACUAAGUUUAAUAUAUUUUAGUCAUUAUUUAUGCUUAAUUGGAAAAGAGAGGCCUUUAUAAUUAGAAUUUUUUAGGUACAGCAUUUUUGUUCAUUCUUUUCAGUAACCGUGUGGUUAUAUACCUACAUCAAAUUCCCUUCGAAACUGAUAGAUAAAUGCUAAUUGUAGGCUAAAUUUGUAGUUAUUCAAGGACGUGCCUCUGAUAGAAAUAUCAAUCCUUGAGUGAAGUAGAUAUGAAAGAUUUGCCUUUCUCUUUUUGGAUACUUGAGUGACGUGGGUUUUUAUUCGCCGGUUUUGGUAGCCAAAGUCUUGCCUAUUUCCUUGAUCCUUCCCUCUUCUUAUUUUUAAUCAGCUGUCUCCUUUCGUUUAUCAGUUUUCUCGUUUCAAAUUCUAAACUGCCUUUAUCACGUUUGGUCUUGAUAUAAUGGGAUCACUAAUUUAGAUCAUCCCCUGCUUCUGCUAGAAGGAGCAAGACCCUUCCAGUUUCUCGCUGCUGCGUCUCCCAAAAUCUGAGGUUUUAUUCCAAAACAAACACCAGCCUCCUUUCUUCUCCAUCAGCACCGUAGUGGGGUAGUGCCGUCAGUGCACCUCUUUCGGUGCAAUGUAAGCGUUACUUAAGGUUCUUUGCAGUGUCCCCUCGGCCCCUAGCUGCAACUACUUUCAUUCCUUUUACUGUACCUCCGUUCAUAUUCUCUUUCCACCAUCUUACUCUCCACCCUCUCCUAACAAUUGUUUCUUAUUGUAAGUGCUUUGAGGUUUUCCUCCUGUUAAACCUUUCAAACCUUUUACUGUCAAUUUCCGUUUCUGCGUUGAAUGGCCUUAGUUUCCCCAGUGCUUGGCAUAAUGCCAAAAGUCCAUAUAAAUCGAGUCUUCUCCAUCAAUAUUUUGAGUGUUUUUCUUUUUAUUUUGGUUUGGCUUUGAUGGUGGAGGACUUGUUGAGGAUAUAAAACUCGCAUUAAGGUGAUGCAGCUUUUGUAAUGACCACAGCCAUCGAUGCUGGGAAUAUUGAUCCUAUCAACGACGCUUCCUGAUUCACCUUCUUUCAUCACAGCAUUGAAUCCGAGUCUAGAUUCACUUUAUCAGUGACUUUAAACUCCUGCUCUUCUUUGGAGUCUUUCCAAGUCGCUGCAGUGAGUAUCUUGGCAGAGUUUAAAAGAAAGCUAGACAAAGUCAUUAGGACACUGUGAGUGCACAGUAAAACCUGAUCCUACAGAUAAGUGAGCACAAGAUGUCUCCUCUUAGGAUGCACUAACAAGUCUUUGAGACAUCCUAAUCCUUGUAACUCUUUGUAACUUCGGACUGCUUUCCAAAACACGGAAAUCACGAUUUUCCUAUUUCUGUUUUGGCUGAUCUAAUGCCUUUGCUGGUGGUUAUAAUGCAGCUCAGUCUGACAACAAACGAAGCAAACAAUAACAACAACAGUAUAAAAACUCCAACAUUCCUUUCUUUGAAACUCUGCAGUCUCUACUUUGCUUUACCAAAAUAUUAUAGGUCAUCGUCUUACAAUCUGAGGGCCAUUCUGAAAAUUUGUGAACCACACAGCUGCAACGGCCUCCGAAAAAUAAUUGUAAUUUGAAGAUAAAAUUCGAGGUCAUGAUGUGAAUAGGUUGGCAGACUUGAACAUCAUUUAAGAUAUAUUUAAAUGUUAUAUUUGAUCAACAUCAGCAUAUCCUUUUUACGUUCAUUCAUUUCAAUCUGCAGAAUUGCUGUAUUUUUUUGCAACUGUUUAACUACUGAUUAUUGUAGCCAUUUGAAUAUGAAGUUAUUUGUGUUAUAUUUUGAAGGGUUACCUGCGAUGCCCUAGAAAC